AGGUUUCAUUUGACCAGGGCUGAGGGAAUUGCUUCAGGGGUAGACCUGUAGACUAGCCUCGCACUCCGGAGGCCUUGGUUGGGUGGGGAGGAUCUCCCCUUACCGAAGACUCGAAAUCUAGUUUCUUGCACCUUGCCUUAAAUGAGUUGCUUUGUGACCCUGGUAAGUUUAGCUCAUGGUACAAUUGAUCUGAUCACAGUUGACCAAUUUUGAGGUAGCUCCCAAAGACAGCUGUCCUGACACUGUCAUUUGGUUCAACUGCAAAAGUACUUUUCUUUGCCAAUCCUAAUUAACCUGCCAUGUUUUCCCCAGCUUCCCAUGAAUAGGUGUGUAGAAGGUUGGGGAAUGGAACUGUGAAGAGGGAGACAGUAGGCACAGGAAACCCUUGGAGAUUGUUUGAAAGAGUAAUCAAGUCAGAGGAUUAUAUGACUUUUAUCUGCCUAGAGAAGAACUAUGGAUCUACAACAUGGAGACUGGAAGAUGGAAAAAAAUUAAUACUGAAGGUGAUGUUCCUCCUUCUAUGUCAGGAAGCUGUGCUGUGUGUGUAGACAGGGUCCUGUACUUGUUUGGAGGUCACCAUUCAAGAGGCAAUACAAAUAAGUUCUACAUGCUGGAUUCAAGGUCUACAGAUAGAGUGUUACAGUGGGAAAGAAUUGAUUGCCAAGGAAUUCCUCCAUCAUCAAAGGACAAACUUGGUGUCUGGGUAUAUAAAAACAAGCUAAUAUUUUUUGGAGGGUAUGGCUAUUUACCUGAAGAUAAAGUAUUGGGAACUUUUGAAUUUGAUGAAACAUCUUUUUGGAAUUCAAGUCAUCCAAGAGGAUGGAAUGAUCAUGUACAUAUUUUAGACACUGAAACAUUUACCUGGAGCCAGCCUCUAACUACUGGUAAAGCGCCUUCACCUCGUGCUGCCCAUGCCUGUGCAACUGUUGGAAACAAAGGUUUUGUUUUUGGAGGCAGAUACCGAGAUGCUAGAAUGAAUGAUCUUCACUAUCUUAAUCUGGAUACAUGGGAGUGGAAUGAAUUAAUUCCACAAGGCAUAUGCCCUGUCGGCCGAUCCUGGCACUCACUAACACCAGUUUCUUCAGAUCAUCUUUUUCUCUUUGGAGGAUUUACCACUGAAAAACAGCCACUAAGUGAUGCCUGGACUUACUGCAUCAGUAAAAAUGAAUGGAUACAGUUUAAUCACCCCUAUACUGAAAAACCAAGGCUAUGGCAUACAGCUUGUGCUAGUGAUGAAGGAGAAGUGAUUGUUUUUGGUGGGUGUGCCAACAACCUGCUGGUUCAUCACAGAGCUGCACACAGUAAUGAAAUUCUUAUAUUUUCAGUUCAACCAAAAUCUCUUGUACGGCUAAGCUUAGAAGCAGUCAUUUGCUUUAAAGAAAUGUUAGCCAACUCGUGGAACUGCCUUCCAAAACACUUACUUCACAGUGUUAAUCAGAGGUUUGGUAGUAACAACACUUCUGGAUCUUAAGGCGUCAUAGAUAAUGCCUCAGAUCUUCUUGCAUGGACAACAAUCCUGUAAUCAUCACAGAGUGGCAUCAUUUGUAUAAUUAUAUGCAUUGUUGUAGUUUGCAGCUUUUUGAUUUUAAUGUGCAUGUGAAUGGCCUAGAGAACCUAUUUUUGUGUCUAAAGUUUACAAUAAAUGUAUUUAACACCAGUAACUUUCCUCUAUUAAAGCAAAAAAAAGUAA